GAAGUAGGUGGUUGCUUCAAGGAGAGAAAAGGCGCGCUAAAGCGUCACGCGGUCACCCCAGGUACCGCGCGGCUGCGCUCGGCGGCCAGGUGUGCUCAGCGCGGCGUCCUCUGCACACAGGACGGGCCCCGCGCGGGAAGGCAGAGGAGAGCGAGGGAGGCGGCAGUAAGGUCACCCCCGUGCCCAGGCCGGGCGGGAGCGUUCCCAGGGGUCCCGGCCGGGAGGCAACACUCCCCCGGGCGCGCUCGGGCGGGGCGUCCCCAGGGGACCCGGCCGGGAGGCGACACUCCCCCGGCGGCACCGCUCCGCGCCCGCCGCCCCUCCGAGGCUGCCGGUCCUCCCGGCCUGCAGGCGCCGCGGGCCUUGGUCCCGGACUGCGGGAGCCUGAGCGCCGCCUCCCCAGAGGGCCUGUGUUCCCUUCAGAGACUCACAUAAAGUGGCUCAUCCUGUGAAGGACUCCACUGGUUGAGUUCACUCCUAUUAUUCUUCAAUUACAUUAUACACGGAGAAAGUCAUGAGAAAGAUCUGUCGCUCUCUGAGGGUGGAAACUGCCAUGAUUCACAAAGACAAGUAGUUUUCCUGUAAUCACAAGAUGACUCAGGAUGGACCCUGAAGCCGCCCAACUGGAAAAGCAGCACGUGCACGAUGUGUAUGCGAGCAUCGCGCCUUACUUCAGCGACCUGCAGAGCAAAGCUUGGCCUCGUGUCCGCCAGUUCCUCCAGGAGCAGAAGCCAGGCAGCCUCAUCGCUGACAUAGGUUGUGGGACUGGAAAGUAUCUUAAAGUGAACAGCCAGGUACAUACCCUGGGCUGUGACUACUGUGGGCCACUGGUAGAGAUUGCCCGGAGUAGAGGGUGUGAAGUCAUGGUAUGUGACAACCUUAAUCUCCCCUUUAGGGACCAGGGCUUCGAUGCCAUCAUCUCCAUAGGAGUCAUACAUCAUUUUUCUACAAAACAAAGAAGAGUCAGAGCAAUAAAGGAAAUGGCCCGGGUCUUAGUCCCUGGAGGGCAGCUGAUGAUUUAUGUUUGGGCCAUGGAGCAAAAGAACCGGCGCUUUGAGAAGCAAGACGUGCUUGUCCCGUGGAACAAGGCCUUGUGUUCCCAGCACGUCUCGGAAGGCAGCCAGCCUGGCAGAAAGCAGCAGUGCGGACAUUCAGCAAGAAGCCACCCCUGCCAUCCUCCUUGCUCCGUCUGUAGUUCUGUUUGUUUUAAAGGGCGAUGUGAUUCAAGGCGGUCCCACAGCAUGGACGAUGAGACAGGUACGGCUGGAAGCUGCUGUGCAAAUCUUUCCAAAGGAGAGGAAGAGAACGGCUUCUAUAAUGCUUUAGGAAAAUCUUUUCGCUCCUGGUUUUCCUCCCGGUCUUUGGAUGAAGCGACGCUGAGGAAGCCAACUGAAAGAGGGACACCCUUGAAAAACACCGAAGUUUGGGCCCAUAGCACUAUAUCAGUGCAACCUUCCAGACACUCUAGUUCAGAUUUGGACCAACAAGAGCCAUUUUCCACAAGAGAGCAAAAUUUAGAUGAGGAGGUGUUCGUGGAAACGUCUCAAAAACAUCUGGGGUGGCUGAGAGCACCAGCCAGAAAGAAACAUCGAAAUGGAGACCCUCAAGGAGAAGUUGGGAGAAACGAGGAUGGGAACUUUCUGGACGACGCCAAUACUAGUGAAAAUUGUGAGGAUGUAGGUAACUUAGAAGAAGGUGACGCUUCUGCUAGUAAAACACUGAGAAGGAUUUCUUCCGUGGACUCCACAGAGUCCAACCCAGAUGCCACAAUUUCUGUCGAAGAAAAGCAUUCCAAUGUUUUGGAUUCCAGAGCCUUUAUGCGCUAUUACCACGUGUUCAGAGAAGGUGAGCUCUGUGGCUUACUGAAGGACAAUGUGUCAGAGCUCCAGAUUCUGAGCUCUGGCAAUGAUCAUGGCAACUGGUGUAUCAUUGCAGAGAAAAAGGAAAACUGUGACUGAUUUUGGGUCAUUUUAGCAACCACGUUCUUUUCACAGGGUUUGGUGUGGUGGCCUGAAUUUGCAUCCCAUUUUGUUAUUUUUUUGUCUAUUUAUGCUUUGGUCUGUAGAGACUAUGUGUUGAUCAUUUUUUUUAAAUCUUUGGAUAUGCACGAAGCCUGUCACGUCAAGCAUUUGAAAACGGUAUUUGUGGUUAAAUGUUAAUGUGAGAGAUCUGAAGAAGCACUAUAAAAUGAACUUCAACAGGGUUUGAAUUGUUUUCCACUGGAAGGUGAAAUUAUUGUCAGAACACACGUAUAUUGUUUUUCAGUAUUAUAUACUAAUUUUAAAAGAUUCUCUUUUUAAGUAAACCUUCUAAAAACAGCAUUUUUAUAAAGUAAGGCAGUAAUUCCUGCUUCUCAGGUUAUAAUUUAGAUUUGUGUGCCAGGUAACAGAUAAAAACCUGUCCCAUUGCACUGAUGUACAAUGAAGCAGGAGAUGAAUUAUUUUGUUGCCAAGGUCUUGCUUCUACUUAAAAUCUUCAGAAAAGUAAGAGAUGGUAGAGAGAGACAAGUGUUACAAAGACUUUUCUAAAUGCCAAGCAAAUUUGCUUCAAAAUAAGUAAACUGACAAGGCAUUCAAAGUAGCUCAGAAGGUUUAGAAAGGCACUGUUAGCAUGUGGAGAGUGGGUACUAGAAGUUGGUCCAAGCACCCAGGUGGUAGUUUUCCAACCUUAUUAGAAGCAGGAGUACUUAGUGAAGAUCCAUGAUAAUGAGGCAUUUUCAUCUAGAAUGAUACUUCUCUUAUGAACUGAAGGGAUAUUUAGGAAACGGGGAUCUGAUUAAAGCACCACUUUAUUUUGGCUCUCGAUAUACAUGUAUUCUUUAGGUGCAAGAUAUUUGACUUUGGUGGAGACCCUGUUUUUGGAUUAAAAAAAAUAAUAUAUGGCCAUUUAUCUUAUGGAAAGUGGCCGCAUUUUAUUAUUUAUAUUAGGGAUUCAGGCAGAAUCAAGUCCUAUUAACUGAAUUUCUGCCACAUUGUAGACAAAUGAAUAGGUUGAGCACUGUAGGGCCACUGCAUCUAUUUAGAUUUAACCAUGGGUCUGUUUAAACCUGUGUCAUGGAUACAGAGACACUGAUGUAAUCAGGACAGGAGCAGAGAGCUAAGAGGCAGAGUAAGUCGACCCAGGAAUAUGGCCUCAAGUAGCUCCUUAAUAAGGAGAGAAUUGACAUUUAGCAAACCGUUUUUUACUUUAGGGACUGCUGUACUCUCAGAUGAAAACCCAAUUCUUGUUUUGCUUCCCAUAAAAUGAACAAAAAUAGUCAAAGAUUUUAUUUGUCUUAGGGUUAUUUUUCCCUUCAGUGAUUAUGUUCUAACUUAAAAUAAUGAUGCUACUUUCAAAGAAACUUAAAGGAUAAUUUUAACAAUUAUCUGAAAAUUAUUGAUGUUUUAGCUCCUUCUGGCUUCACAAUAAGACUGCCUCAUCACCCCUCUGGCUGCUGAAGUUGUCUUGUGGAAGUGAGAUUAGCGUUGUUCACAGGUUGCAUUAGAGGGACAAUGAGAACAGACAUAUAAGUGGGAAUAUAAAUUAAAAAUUAAUCUAGUGUCUUCCAUUUCUUAAAUGAGGACAUUAAGCCAUGACUCUAAGUGGUUUACUUCGUGGAAAGAAAAGAUUGUUGGAGUUGGAGAAGUUCUUACAAUUAAGACUUGAUGGCCUUUUUAUAACGAGUGGAUUUUUCCUCUCUUGGAAACCUGUUAGCACAUGUAUUUUUAAUCCCAGCCUUGCUGCUAGAAAUCUGUUUGAAGCCUUGUCUUUCUGGCGGCAGCCUACCACCUACUUGGAACUCAGUUUAUAGGAUCACACCGGAAAAGCUUUGACCUGAUUGGUAUGAGCACACACGUGCACACACACGCACACACCCCCCAACCCACUUUGUGUAAAAUAAUUCACACACACACACACACACACCCCAACCCACUUUGUGUAAAAUAAUUCUCCAGAACAGUUCUUGAGAAAGAAAUAUUUUCACAUAAUUUUGAUGGGGCUGUAAAUAGAAAACCACUCAUUAUAGCAAUCUCUCACUCUUCAUCUGCUGAGCACAGAAUUCUAUACAUCUGGACGUUAUCUUGUGUGUUAAGAGUUCACUCUGUGGUUGAUAAUCUCUCUUUGAUAUAUUCAUAUGAAAAGCAUUCUUAAAUCUAACUUCUGCGUUUGGAUGCACAGGUGACCCUUGAACAACAGAGGCGUGAAGUGUGCAGUGCAGUCCACUUAUACGCAGACUUUUUUCAAUAAAUACAAUACAGUCCUGUAAAUGUAUUUCCUCUUUCUUAAUAACAUUUUCUUUUCUCUAGCAAUUUUAUUGUAGGAAUACAGUAUAUAAUACAUACAAUAUAUCAAAUGAGUGUUAAUUGACUCUUUAUGUUACGGAUAAGGCUUCCAGUCAACAGUAGGUUAUUAAUAGUUACAUUUGGGGGGAGUCAGAAGUUAUUUAUAUGUGGAUUUUUGAUGAUGAGGGUUGGUAACCUUAAUGCCCAUAUUGUUCAAGGGUCAACUGUAUAUAUAUAUAUAUGUAAUAUCUUUAUUAUUUAAAAAUCUUUCUCUUCAGGUCUGUCCUCCAAGGGAAAUACAAGUCAUUAGUGAGCUGAAAUGUGCACAGCUUAUUUGUGAAUGUUCAGUGUGCCUUAACUUGCUCGAUUAUGGAUUUACUGAUCUCUCUGAAGUAGUUGGAAAAUUGAGACUCCACCGUUAAUAGUGGAACAAACAGGGUCUUUCCUGUUCCUUCUCCCUAUUUGCUGGCAUCACCACAGAGUCCCCCUAUCGGAAGUAGAGGGGAGCAUUUUGGGGCAUUAUGGGCAGGUCGUUAAAAACCUUUGCCUGAUUUUUGACAUCUAGAAUUUGGAAGGACACAGAAGGGCAAAGUGGAGUCAGGCCUCUUUGAGGAAUCCCACAGAGGCAGUCAAACAAUUGUGGGGGAAAGUGCUAUAACAUGGAUAAAAGAUGCAAUCAAAAUAACUUUGUAACGGGAACCAUGCGAGUGGCCCAUUUAUUAUUUUUUUGCAUUCUCACCACAGUGAUGGAAUGCCCCCAACACAUCAUGGUAACUAACAAACCUUCUGACAGCUCUUGCAGAGUCAUAGUGGUUUGGGCUUCCUGUCUCGCCACACGUCGCUAUGCAGAGUGUGUGUAAUUCCUGACUCCAGUUUGCCUUUCUGGGUCCUUCCAAAUUCUAGAUGUCAAGAAUGCCUCUGUAUUUUAAAUGACUAUCAACAGAACCAUCAAAAAUAGGAGGUAACCCAAGAGAAAAGAAUCCAAAUAUUAAUCAGCUAGGAACAUUAAUGUACUUGAAUUUUAAUGGCCACAAAAAGAGUAAGCCCUGGUGGAUUUUUUAUAAGACUAAAUGGGUUUAGAAGAGGACCGAGGGUCUAACCGAGUAGUUGGUGAACUUGCUGGGGAAAGUAGUCCUUAAAAAUGAGCAGUCAGCUUGGGAGGAAGGGAGAAAUGGGUACUAACCACAGGCUGAGCAGCUGCAGUCUAGAAGAGCAAACUAGAGCAAACUCUUCUGUUAGGUAGGAAAUUUGAAAUAAUAAUAAUAAGAGCAGCUGACUUUUCUUAAUAUAUAACCUUUUAAAUUUUAUCUGUAAUCCUUACCUUAGCAUAUAUAAGGCCUAUGCUAAAGUAAACUUGGACUUAAUUUAAUUAAGCUUGCCCUCAACCUACUAAUAUCCUCUAGCACCAGCAUUCUGUGGGACACAUUUCAGAAAAUAAUGGGUCCAACAGAAUAAAAAGCAAACUCCUUAGGAUGGCAUUCAGGCCCUUCAUAGAUUGACCCUCUUAUUUCUCAUCACCUCCUGUAAGUGCAUCCGAAUUAUUCUGUUCUGCAAUCUGUUUCAAACAAUGCUUUCAUUAGAAAUUACAUAAUGACAAUUAUUACAUCCCUUAGAUAUUAAGCUUGGAUUUCAAAUGCCUUCAUCAUACUCCUCCAAAGAAAAAUGCAUGAAGCACGCUUCAUUCUGUCAAUGCUAAGGGCAGCGGAGAUAAGUGUUACACACCCACCCAGCAAAUGGAAA